UCCGGCUGUCCUAGGAAGCAGCGGGAGGAAGGGGAAGAAGCGGCGGCAGCGGCAGCGGCAGCAGCGGCAGAGAAAGGAGAGCUCAGCCAGAGGCGCCGGGUGGCCACACAAACACACAGCCCGCCUCCUCGGCCCGCGGAUUUGUAGCCCCAGCUGGCUUCCAUCAGGAAAGCGGAGCAGGAUUCAUGGCUCCGCCGAGCUGCGUCGCCGUCCAAAGCCUGGCUCGUUUGGCCUGAGGAAGGAUUAUUAGCAGCCGGUUCCAGGGUCUCUUCUCCAAGCGGCGGCCCACGAGUUUCUUCUUGCAAAAUGGCUGGCUCGCAAAUCAUUCCUCAAGCUUUAUACUUGAGCAAUAUGCUGAAAGCUGUGAAGAUAAGAGAGAGAAUGCCUGAAGACCUUGUCAAGUGUGCCAAUGGAAUGAUCCAUCAUUUUAAGACUAUGCAUAGAUACACCGUAGAGAUGUUUAGGAUGUGUCAGUUUUGCCCUCAGUUUCAGGAGAUUCUUCAAAAAGCUCUUCUUGACCAAGCAACCCAAACCUCACUAGAACGUCAGCGGAAGCUGAACUGGUGUCGAGAAGUUAAAAAACUUAUGCCAUUAAAGACUAAUGGGGAUGGAAAUUGCCUCAUGCACGCUGCAUCUCAGUAUAUGUGGGGUGUCCAAGACGUUGACCUAGUCCUACGGAAAACACUGUUUAGUGCACUCAGGGAAGCUGACACACGGAACUUUAAACUGCGUUGGCAACGGGAAACACUUAAAUCACAGGAAUUUGUGGCGACAGGACUCUGCUAUGACACCAGGAACUGGGAGGACGAAUGGGAGAACCUCAUCAAAAUGGCAUCGGCAGAAACAUCGGUUGCCCAAAGAGGCCUUCAGUACAAUGCGUUGGAAGAAAUCCACAUAUUCGUCCUUGCGAACAUCCUGAGACGGCCAAUCAUAGUUGUUGCAGAUAAAAUGCUUAGAAGCCUGCAGUCGGGUUCAAGCUUUUCCCCGCUAAACGUUGGUGGGAUUUACCUGCCUCUCCACUGGCCGGCAGAGGAGUGUUAUCGAUACCCCAUCGUCCUUGCCUAUGACAGCAUGCACUUCACACCGCUGGUUGUUCUGAAAGACAGUGGCCCAGAGAUACGGGCCGUCCCCUUGGUCAGUUGCGAAAGAGGCAGGUUUGAAGACUUGAAGGUGCACUUUCUAACAGACUCUGAAGAAAGAGAGAAAGAAAAGCUGCUAAGAGACUAUCUGAUGGUGAUAGAAAUUCCUGUGCAAGGCUGCGACCCUGGGACAACACAUCUCAUUAAUGCUGCAAAGUUGGAUGAAGGCAACUUGCCCAAAGAGAUUAACCUAGUGGAAGACUACUUUCAGCUGGUGCAGCACGAGUACAAGAAGUGGCAAGAAAACACCGAACCCACCGGGAGGGAAUCGGGCACGAGGGACCGGCUGGAGCUGCAUUUGUCCCAGCUGUCGCUCGUGGAGGCCAAGUGCGAGACGCCCAACUGCCCUUUCUACAUGUCUGUGAGCACCCAGCCCUACUGCCACGAGUGCUUCGAAGCGAGGCAGCGGGGAAGCAAGGCCAGGAGGCAGAACUUCCAGGCGGGGUCUGAAAAACCCCGAGCAAAUAGAUGCGGUUCGCCAAAGGCUGAGCGAUGCAAGCCUGCCGCGUGGACUUCCGAAGAGCCAGUGACGGGGCCACGCUCCGCUCCUCCCACAGCCCCGAGCCUCUUUCUGUACAGCGAAACCACUGCCAUGAAGUGCAGGACUCCCGAUUGCCCUUUCACCCUAAACGUGCAAUAUAACGGGCUCUGCGAACGCUGCUACAACUCGCCGGAGCUGAACCCUUGCCACCGGCCAGCCGGCCCGAGGGAUUCGGACGGUGUGGCCUGCACAUUCUGCCUUCAGAACACCAACAGAACCUUCAACGGGAUGUGCAGCACUUGCUUCAAAAGGACUAGAGACUGUUUGUCAAGCGCCAGCUCAGGCACUGCACCUUUGGGCCACCAGAGAUCCACGUCUGAUCCCACCCAUCUCUCGCAGAGCCUCCUGCAACAUUCCCACCGCGCCACGGCCAGCAACAAUGUGGCAGAGCUGCCGCCAUGCAUCCAGCCCCAAAGAGUAGAAGAGAGGAAGGGAAGCAGUAAAUGCAGGAAGCCUGGCUGCAACUUUUUUGGGACUCUUCAGAAUGAAGGCUUUUGCACGCUAUGUUAUUUUGAGUACCAGGAAAACAAAGAUACUUCACUGCUUCAUCACAGAAGAUCUCAACGGAGUUCUCCUGCCUUGGGGCUUUCUGGAACCUCAGCUGCUGUGUACCAGAACACCAUGUCCUGCCUGGGUCAGAAGUGUGGCACAAUAGGGAACACGAUGCUUGAGGGAUACUGCCAGAAAUGUUUCAUUGAAGCACAGAGCAGGCGUCUCUGUGAAGCCAGAAGGACUGAAGACCAACUAGUGAGACAGUCAGAACGAACAGGACCACACAGAGAUUUAUGCCAGACCAGCACCAGCUCUCAGAAGCGCAAGUGUGCCACGGCGUCUUGUAGGAACAACUUAGCAUCUAGGAGUGGGGAACUGUGUCAGGAAUGUCUGUGUGUCGGUCAGCGGUCACAGUCUGGGGGAUCUCGGAGAGAUGCUUCAGCGGACGAACUCCCCAAACAGCGCUGCCGAGCCCCCGCCUGCGAUCACUAUGGUAACAACAAGUGCAAUGGCUACUGCAACGAGUGCUAUCAGUUCAAACAGAUCUAUGGCUAGCAAGGAAGACCGGACAGCCGUUUUUGCCUCGCAAAAAAGAAAAUGGUGCUACAUCCACAACACUCAAUUAUCCUGCCGUGACUCAGUCUUAUUCGCAGUCGGUGAAAAAGACAUGUGACUUUGCAGGGGAAAUGAUAAGCUGAAUUUUUGUAAAUAUGUAAACGUGUGUGUGUGUACGCGCGCGCAUAUUCUGGCAUCUGAAUCUGUAUGGAUUCUAGAAUUCUGUAUUCUAGGACAGAAAAAGCAGUUUGCUUUCAGGACAGAUGGCUAUUUCAGGAAGUUUAUACUGAGUACUUGACUACCAACUCCUUUUGCAAGAAUUCUUUGGUCUUUCUUCUGUGCCUAAGAUGCAGUCGUACGAGAUUAAUACACAUUGUGCUUCUUGCACAUCCUUUUUGCUGGUGCCUCUCUUGCAACCUGCCUGAAUACUAAGGGUUCCAAGUGCUGGGAAACCAGAAGGUUUUGAGAUGGAAGAGUUUGUUGCGUGACAACCACCACAUGACCUGGGACUUGUUGCCUCUGAAAAUGCUGAUCUUUGGAGAAAGCCAAGAAUGAAACAAGCUUGUUAGCAAGUUGUGGGAGACACCUUUAAAAAUUUUGCUUGCUUGGCAUUUUUUAAAGUAGCUUGUUUUAUUUUUGUUUUUACUUGUUCCAAAUCAGAGCUUUAUAACAGAACAACUAUAACCCGUUCACAACUUGGCCACCUAAUGUUGACUAGUGGGGUUUUUUUCCAUUUAAUGUUCUGCAUGUGUUUGAAUGUGGAUAUAAUUUAGAAAUGUGAAAGGAAGUUGGACACACUUCUCUUUCUUCCAAGUAUCUAAAGGUGAGAAAGUUUUCUCAAAUUUGAUAGAACUUUCUCUAAAUAUAGAUGUUUGUACAUACCAAUUGGCAUAGAAUAUGGCAAAAAGAGAUUUGAAAAGCCAAAAGGUUGUAUCCAGUGAUAGUCUAACUUAAGUCCCAUUCAUUUCAAUGGGUCUGCUAAGUAGGAUUAACAUUAGAUAAACCCCUAGUCUGUUAACAGAGAUGGAAAAUCAGCAUACGUCCUGCAGGGUUUGCUUGUUCGUUUAUUGGCUGAAGAAAACAUUUGGGGUGGGGGGUUUCCAAGCUGCUUUUUUGUCUCAUCUGUUCUUGCAAGUUGGAUCCAGAAGGACGCUGGACUGUCCUCAUUGUUGUAGAUUUCUGUGGGAAAUAAAACUGGGCCUUUUGAGGCUGCUGCAUUUGCAGUCUCAGGCUAUAAGCCUCUCAAUUGGAGCAAGAGCGGGGAGGCUAAAGGAGGCAACAGAAUUCAGCCCUGUUCUUUUUUCCCUUCACACCCUCCUCUAUAUCUGACUGCUGCUGUGGGUGAAUCAGAUCAGAUACUGAGAGGAAAGUGUAUUCGGUGCAGUUUUCAAAGUGCUGCUCCUGCACAGGCCCCCUUUACUUCCACAAUGUUCAGGAUCAACUUUCAAUCAAGUUUGUCUUCAUCUCAAGCCAUUAUCUGCCCUGUCCUUGCCUGUCCUUCUGUGUUAUGGGCCAAGAGAAACAGUAUCAGCAGCUCUGCAGUCUAGAUCUUGGGGUGUUUUUUCCCCUCCCGCCCAUGAGUCUCUUACUUCUGCUUUGAGUAUGACUUGCGGAAAAAACUGGCAUACAAGUCAAUCCUUGUUCCGCUUUGCAUGUGUGUAUAACCCUUCAUUGGCUCUCUCUCUCCCUCUUCUCCUUGUUUGGAAACAAUGCUAACCUCUAGCCUACUGUUGAACUUGAUCUAUAUAAUUUUGUGAACUUGGUUAAAUGUGAAGAUGUUUUAAAAUAUUUAUAUUAUUUCAAAAGUGUAAUUUUAAAUUUGCACAUUUUUGGUAUAAUAAUUUACUCUCUAUUUCAUUCCCCCACAAACACUCUGUGUAAGUAUAUAAAUGGUGGGUGGAGUGGGAGGUGGAAAUCCA